AUGAUGAGUGAAGUUGAUCAUGAUGACGAUGAAGUCGUGACAUUAUUGGAGGAAAAGGAAAGUUCAUUGAUGCCAUAUCUUGCGUUGUAUUACAAGCAGUUGCGUUUGUCUGCAGCCGAAGCUGGAGUUGUCUCCGGCGCCAAGAUGUACCUCGCGUUUCUAAUCAUUCCUUUGUGGAGUAUGUUGGUCGAUAAAUUCAAAGUCGGAAAGCUUGUGUUUAUCAUGUCGGCCACCGCAUUAAUGGCGACAAUGUUAAUCAUAUCCAUGGCCCCAGCCAAUAUUUGCAUGGCGAGACAGGACAGAACACGUAGAGACGGUCUAGCCAACGUCUAUAGCCCUUCUUCUAUGUACAACGUGGGCGACGUAAACACUGAAUUCGGAUCAACAUAUCUUUCAGAACCAGAAAUUGAAGAUCAAACCUUAAUGCUUUUGUCGAAAACUGGAUCUUUCGGCCACACCGAGCUAUUUAUUUUUCUAUUACUCGUUACAAUUUGUGGGACGUUAUUUUCCUGUCCUUGCCUCAGCCUGGCCGACUCGGCAACAAUGGACCUUCUCGCGAGGAACUCUGAAACCCACAAAUACGGCAAUCAGCGACUAUUCGGUUCUAUUGGUAACGGUUUAGCUGCGUUUAUCGUAGGGGCGUCAAUCAGUCAAACGGACCUAUGCCCUGGCGAAGAGAGAAAGGUGAAUUAUUAUUGGUGUUUUUAUACUUUUGCCGUGUUUAUGUUUCUUUCAAUCAUUGCCGGCAGCAGAUUGCAGUUCAACUCGAGAACUGAUUCAAAGCAAGCAACCACCAGAGUUUGUGCAUCCCUACGUCACGUACUAGUAAACGCGAACUACCUUAUAUUUCUUUUCACCGUCUUCUUUGAUGGUAUGGCCAUGUCAUUUAUCGAAGCUUUUCUGUUUUGGUUUCUCAAAGAUCUUGGAGGCACACAGUUUUUGUUUAGUGUUAUAACCGCAGUGAACUGCUCCGUAGAAGUGCUUGUGUAUUUCUUUUCAUCGUAUUUGAUAAAACGUCUGGGGAGUGUUCGCGUGCUUUGCAUUGGAUUGUUGUGUUACACUGUGCGAUUUUCAUUUUAUGCAUGCAUGGUAAAACCAUGGCUUGUUCUCGUCGUUGAACCGUUGUCUGGCAUCACAACUGCGGCUCUGUGGGCUGCUAUUAUGUCUCACGUGGGCGUCACUGCAGCUAAAGAUUCGGCAAUCACACUUCAGGGAGUAAUUCAUUCCCUUCGCUGGGGCCUGGGUCAUGGAUCUGGCUCUGUUUUAGGAGGAAUUCUGGUACAUACUAUUGGACCUAGAAACACGUUCGCCCUUUUUGCCAUUAUUAGUGCCAUAAACUUCUUAAUUUAUAUGCUCGUUUUAUACUGUUGCCGAGAAAAUAAAAAACAAAGGCAAGAUGAAGAUUUGUUACAGAAUGACUUGAAAGAAUAA